CGGGUUAGAUGACAACGUCAAAUUGUUUUGCUAGUCACCCUGAAAUGCAAGUUGGGUACAUUUUUAAACACAAUCUUCAUCAAUUGAAUUGAGGCCACUUUCUGUGUUUUCCUUACAAAAAUAAAGCGGAAUGGCGACUUUAGCCGACCGGGCAAAGGUCCUUCAGGACUACCGAAAGAAACUGCUGGAGCACAAGGAAGUGGAAUCCCGCCUCAAAGAAAUGCGGGAACAAUUAAAGGACCUUACCAAGCAAUACGACAAGUCUGAGAACGACUUGAAGGCCUUGCAGAGCAUGGGCCAGAUCGUCGGCGAGGUCCUAAAGCAGCUAACGGAAGAAAAGUUCAUUGUUAAAGCCACUAAUGGGCCCCGAUACGUGGUGGGCUGCCGCAGACAACUGGACAAAGCGAAACUGAAGGCUGGCACUCGAGUCGCUUUGGACAUGACCACUUUAACCAUCAUGCGAUAUCUGCCCAGGGAAGUGGACCCGUUGGUUUACAACAUGAGUCAUGAAGACCCAGGGGAUGUGACUUACUCGGCCAUUGGAGGGCUGUCUGAACAAAUCCGGGAGCUGAGGGAAGUCAUUGAAUUGCCCCUGCUCAAUCCUGAGCUGUUCAUGCGGGUUGGGAUCACCCCACCCAAGGGAUGUCUUCUGUAUGGGCCCCCCGGCACUGGCAAAACCCUACUGGCUAGGGCGGUGGCUUCGCAGCUCGAUGCCAACUUUUUAAAAGUGGUCUCCAGUGCGAUUGUUGAUAAGUAUAUUGGAGAAUCAGCCAGGCUGAUUCGGGAGAUGUUCAACUAUGCAAAGGACCAUCAGCCUUGUAUAAUUUUUAUGGAUGAAAUCGACGCUAUAGGUGGCCGCAGGUUUUCAGAGGGCACUUCAGCCGAUCGGGAGAUUCAAAGAACUCUAAUGGAGCUGCUGAAUCAAAUGGAUGGCUUUGACUCCUUGGGACAAGUAAAAAUGAUCAUGGCAACUAACAGACCGGAUACUCUGGAUCCGGCUUUGUUGCGACCGGGACGUUUGGAUCGUAAAAUCGAAAUUCCCCUGCCCAACGAACAGGCGCGUCUUGAAAUCCUCAAAAUCCACGCUGGCCCCAUUGCAAAACACGGUGAAAUCGACUAUGAAGCCAUUGUUAAGCUGUCCGAUAAUUUUAACGGUGCCGAUUUGAGGAACGUUUGCACCGAAGCGGGCCUGUUUGCAAUCAGGGCCGAACGCGAGUAUGUCAUUCAGGAAGAUUUUAUGAAAGCUGUGAGGAAAGUGGCGGAUAACAAGAAGCUGGAGAGCAAACUGGACUACAAGCCCAUAUAAGUUUUUUCGCUGUAGCGUAAGGUUUUCUAUAUUUUGAGAAUUUGAUGAGGAUUUUUGGCGGAAUAAAAGUAAUCGCUUA